AUGGCAUCAUUGCCCGUCGGCGAAUGUCGUCCGUUGUUCUGGGCCCCGGACCGGACGGUUCAGUCUUCACUCUUCAGUGUCUCUUUGACUGUGACCGAGGGAGGAGUGUGCUGCUCUGCUGGCGCCAUGACUUCUAUGGUAUAUGCUUCACUGUUAGCCAUAUGCUCACUGUGGCUCUUUUCGCUGGCAUUAUGUGAAGAAAAGAAAGGGCACGCCGCUGCUGUGUGGGAACGUCAAACAGACGAGGUUCUGUGUGAUCUGAGCCUCGCCCUGUAUAUUGCCCUGUGUACUUGUUUCCCCUCCCACGCCUGUCCCUUGUACCCUCCCCUCGCCUGUCCCUUGUACCCUCCCCUCGCCUGUCCCUUGUACCCUCCCCUCGCCUGUCCCUUGUACCCUCCCCUCGCCUGUCCCUUGUACCCUCCCCUCGCCUGUCCCUUGUACCCUCCCCUCGCCUGUCCCUUGUACCCUCCCCUCGCCUGUCCCUUGUACCCUCCCCUCGCCUGUCCCUUGUACCCUCCCCUCGCCUGUCCCUUGUACCCUCCCCUCGCCUGUCCCUUGUACCCUCCCCUCGCCUGUCCCUUGUACCCUCCCCUCGCCUGUCCCUUGUACCCUCCCCUCGCCUGUCCCUUGUACCCUCCCCUCGCCUGUCCCUUGUACCCUCCCCUCGCCUGUCCCUUGUACCCUCCCCUCGCCUGUCCCUUGUACCCUCCCCUCGCCUGUCCCUUGUACCCUCCCCUCGCCUGUCCCUUGUACCCUCCCCUCGCCUGUCCCUUGUACCCUCCCCUCGCCUGUCCCUUGUACCCUCCCCUCGCCUGUCCCUUGUACCCUCCCCUCGCCUGUCCCUUGUACCCUCCCCUCGCCUGUCCCUUGUACCCUCCCCUCGCCUGUCCCUUGUACCCUCCCCUCGCCUGUCCCUUGUACCCUCCCCUCGCCUGUCCCUUGUACCCUCCCCUCACCUGUCCCUUGUACCCUCCUCUCGCCUGUCCCUUGUACCCUCCCCUCGCCUGUCCCUUGUACCCUCCUCUCGCCUGUCAUGUUUUCUCGCCUUUUAUUGCUUAA